AUGUUAGCAACAAGGAAACAACGACCAGAAGAAGGCAUUGACACAUAUUUACAAGCUUUAAAACUGCUUUCUAAAGAUUGUGACUUUGCGGCUGUUGAUGCAGAAACAAAUAAAAACGAUAGCGUGCGUGAUGCCUUCAUAUCCGGUAUAUCAUCGCAUAAAAUAAGACAAAGGCUUUUAGAAAACUUAACUCUAACACUUGAUCAAGCUUACAACCAAGCACUCUCUCUAGAAACUGCAGAAAUCAACUCUCAAAUCUUCAAUACUAUAUCUUUAAUUGCUGUUGCUCCAAAAGCACCAACAUUACAAACUGUGCACGACGAGCCCUGCUCUUCUGUUAAUAAUCCUCGACGACGAAAAUGUUUCUUUUGUGGGGGACAAAUAUAUCCUCGUAAGAACUGCCCUGCAUUUGAAAAGACUUGGCAAAUCCUGAAAAUCGGAAAUCAUAAAUAUGAUAAUGUGAAUCUUCUUAUCGUGAAAAAUCUUUGUGCUGACAUUAUUAUCGGCCAUGACAUCCUCGAAGAACAUUCAUCGCUAGAGUUCUCUUUCGGUGGGCCAAAACAUCCACUUCAAAUAUGUAACGUAACGGAAGCAUCAGUACCAGCUGUACCACUUUUUGCGAAUGUAUCUCCCAACUGCAAACCUAUUGCUAUUAAGUCUCAAAGGUACAGCAAAGAGUACAAGAAUUUUUACAUGUUCGAGGUAUUGCCACUAGUAGAACUACAGCUUGUAACCCUCAAGGUUCAGUAG